CGGUCGCGGUAGCGAGCGGCGUAGACCUUAUUCGACCGCUCUCCUUCCAACCCGGACGUCGUGCGGGUGGUGCCGAUGCUUCGCCAGGAACCCUGGAAUCCCUCUUCGUUCACGAUCUCCGGUUGCCGAUUCUUUCGUCGCGCCCCUCGAACUACAGAUCCAAAUCCGCAUUUCGGCCCUCGUCUCUUCAAUUUCCCAAUCUUCCGAAAGUCUAGGUCUCGUUCUCGAAUCUGUUAACAAUUGGAGUUUGGAGGUCAACAUUGCUCCGGAAAGUUCUAGCGUUUGGCGUUCGUCGGUACGGUUCUGGAAAUCAACUGUUUGGUUCAGAAUGCCGCCGAUUCUAUCGUCUUCGAAGGCGGUUGCCAGGUUUUUAUCUGGCAAGAAACGAUGUUUGGAUCUCGGAGUUUGGUCUGGAUUGGUGGGAAGCCACCCUGAGGCAGGAAAGAGGACGGCGAGAUUCGCGCAGACUCGGUGUUUGGCUAGUUUUGCUGGCUGCGGAAGUCCCUGCAUUGGUGAAGUGUUUCAUUCUGGCGAAGUGCUCGCUCCCUCUGUUGGUUAUUCCCAUCGCUACGACCAAAGAAGGUGGUUUCUUGGUUGCGGGGAUGGAGAAGAGGGAACCAUCCUUUCCAAGAUCUAUGAGGAGCGACGUGUGAUUGGGUACUCUCCUGAACAGUUAUUUGAUGUGGUUGCUGCCGUUGAUAUGUAUGAGGAGUUUUUACCAUGGUGCCAGAGGUCUAGGAUUAUUAAGCGGAAUAGUGAUGGCUCAUUUGACGCUGAGCUGGAGAUUGGUUUUAAGUUCCUCGUUGAAAGUUAUGUUUCUCAUGUAGAAAUGGAGAAACCAAAGUAUAUUAAGACCACUGCUUCAGAAAAUGGCCUUUUUGACCACUUGAUUAACAUUUGGGAGUUUUAUCCUGGUCCAGUUCCAGGAACUUGUGACCUUUACUUCUUGGUGGAUUUUAAGUUUCAGUCACCAUUAUAUCGCCAGGUGGCAUCAAUGUUUUUUAAGGAGGUGGUCUCUCAACUAGUUACUUCUUUCGAUGAUCGCUGUCGUAGAAUCUAUGGUACUGCCGUCCAAGUUCUUGAAACAUCUUAUGGACAAAGCACAUAAGCCUGGCUGGUCAUCUCGAGCACGUCAGAUGAUGAUGGUGGCUGCGAAUGUUUAGGCUAGUAAAUCAGUUUGGGAUGGCAUAAUUCGCCUCUCAAUUUGCAUGUUUCAACUACAUGCAAAUUCUUGGAUAUGUGUGAUUUCUACCAGCAUAUCCAAGUGUUUUCCAAAACCACAUUCUCUAUUUCUUUCAGGCCCUGAAAAUUCUUGUGCAAACAUUCAUCGUUUGGAGGAUAUCUUAUAUGGUAAUGAAGACAUUUCGACGAGAGAUGUGCAAACAUGCAUUGUUAUUUUACUUGCUAGCAUCGUUAGCGUUGCGGUAGAUCUUCAGUUAUUAGCAACAAAAGGAUUUAGCGAAAAACAUGUGAAUGAGAAAAUGUGUCACUGCAAAAUGGAACUCAUAUUUGCUAAUAGUAUGUGUAAAGCAAUUUUCACAACCUUUGGCAAUUGUUUUUCUGAAAUGCAGCCACUGAGGAUUAUGGUUGGCUAUAACUCAGAAUUUUGCAGAGGAAAGAGGAUUUGCUUGCAUGAGAGUGAUCUAGCUUUGUACUCUGGCCUUUCUUGGUGAAUGGAACAAAUAUAUGUCGUGGAAAACAGUACUUGAGAUCAGGGAUGUGUUCAUCCAACUUGGUGUCUGUACACAAGGUUUAGCGCAAAUACAUCAUGUUUGGUUGAUCUCUGUUUGCCAUUGCCUCAAAAUAAUCAGUCAGUGAUAGAAAUUAGGGGUAGCAUCUAAGGGCAGUUCUUUACCUCCU